UCGUCGUCGUCGUCGUCGUCGCUGCUCUCUCGCUCGCUCGCUCGCUCGCUCGCUCGAUCGCGACUCAUCAUCGCCAAGGACGAGUCAGACUUAAGCAGCCGUCGACGAGGCCCAGCGUGAACGACGGUCGUAGGCGGCGAGUGUGUGUCGGUGAUAUACAGUGCAUGACGGUGAGUCGCGUGUGAGCAGCAGCGGCAACGAGGCAGCCAGUCGUGCGUCCACAACCGCGCGCGACGCCCCGACAAGUCAGUCACGAGAGCUCGAGCGACGGCAGUAAAGCUGGACGAGGAGGCGCGGCCGUGUGUCGACCCGCUGGCGACCCCUGUGUCGGAGCGACGGCGCUCUAGCCAGCACUUGCGCCAGCAGCAGCGAGUCGCGGCUGCGGACGACGCGGCCAAGGUGGCGACGUCCGAGCAGCAGCAGCAGCAGCAGCAGCAGCAGCAGCAGCCGCCGCCGUUGCCGCCGCCGCCGCCGUCCGAGCACUCCGAGUCGCCAGAGGCUGCCGCAGCCGCCGUUGGCCAGAGCAACAAGAUCGCCGGCAAAAAACGCCAGUGUUGUGUGCGCAAGUGCAAUAUCGCCGCCGUCAAGCGCAGGAGGUUGAGCAGUCCCGCGAACGCGAGCGCACAGGCGCUCGUCUCCUACGUCUCGCGCGAUAUGGAUUGGUCGGUCAAGGCGCGAAAAGCGUACUUCAGCAGUCUACAUUGCGUGAGCGGAGACGCUAGCCGCGGAGGAAGCGGCGGCGGAGGAGGCGGAGGCGGCGGUAACAUCGGGACCGCGACUCGGCUGCUGCGGAUCCGGAACCGAGGCAGCGGCGGCGGCGGGACCGGGGGCGGCGGAGCCGGGGCUGGAGGCGGCGAAGCCAGCCCCCAGGACAGCAGUCCCAGAGGCGGCACCAACCAAGCCCAGGUCGUCUCCCAGGUGGCCCAAGCUCAUCAGCAGCAGACUCAGACCCAGUCGCAGCAGCAGCAGCAGCAACAGCAGCAGCAGCAACAGCAGCAACAACAGCAACAGCAGCAGCAGCAGCAGCAGCAGCAGCAGCAGCAGCAGCAGCAGCAGCAGCAGGCGACCAACAACCACCACCACCACGUGCACCACCCGAGCAGCAACCACCAUCACCACCUCUACCAUCCGAGCAGCAACGUCAGGCACACGAGGCAGAAGCUGCCCAUCAGCAAGCAGUGCACCGAUCAUCGCCACCAUCCCACGCGUUCGCAUAACCACUACCGUCCCCACCGGGGCAUGAACAUGGGCCAAAAGAUAUCAGGUGGUGUGAAAAGCGUAUCGCGUGAGAGCGGUGCAGCUACAGGAGGUGGAGUUGGCGUCGGUGGAGGCCAGGCGGCUUUCAAGGCAGCCUUGCCGAGGGAGCUAGCUCAAGACUUCUCUAGGCCGGCACGUCUCGAUGUCUUGUUGGACAUGCCGCCUGCUUCACGGGAAACGCAGAUACAUCACAGUUGGAAUGCCGAGGACAGAAGUCUCAACAUUUUUGUAAAGUCUUUGCAGGAGGAUGACAAAUUGACGUUCCACCGACAUCCUGUUGCACAAAGUACAGACUGCAUAAGAGGGAAGGUUGGAUACACAAAGGGUAUGCAUGUUUGGGAACUCCACUGGAGUACAAGGCAACGUGGCACUCACGCCGUCGUCGGUGUGGCUACAGCAGAAGCACCUCUACACAGCGUUGGUUAUCAAAGUCUCGUUGGUAACAAUGAAUUUAGCUGGGGCUGGGACCUUGGCAGGAAUAAACUUUACCAUGAUUCAAAAAACAACAAUGGCAUUACGUAUCCUGCACUUUUGAAACCAGAAGAAUCGUUUGUCGUUCCUGACAAAUUUUUAGUUGUACUCGAUAUGGAUGAGGGUACGCUAGCAUUUGUUGUUGAAGGCCAGUACCUGGGUGUAGCCUUUAGAGGUCUCAAGGGUAGAAAGCUGUAUCCUAUUGUAUCAGCAGUCUGGGGCCACUGUGAAAUUACCAUGAAGUACAUUGGCGGUCUCGAUCCUGAACCAUUACCUCUUAUGGACCUUUGCCGACGAGUGAUCCGACAGCGAAUCGGAAAAGAGCGUCUUGAAGAUAAGGUUAACGAAUUGAACCUACCGUUAGCAAUGAAAACUUACCUACUGUACAGAGACAGGAGGUAACCACUAAUAAGUGUUUACUAAGGCGCCACAUCUACUACGAUCACCACAACUAUGACUACGAUAACCAUUCUACAUCGUUAUAAACUACAACGCACAGGGGACCCGCCAAACCCCUCGUAUGCCAUCGAGCAAAGCCCACCAACAGUUGCGUGUCUUUCGUGUUGAAAACAAAACAAAUAAGAAAAACUGGAAAUGUGUUUAUAGUAUAGGACGAGUAGGAAGAAUCGUUCGACUAUCAGCGUUUGCUGAACGAAAUUUUGAAAUUCGAGAUUGUCGUGUUUUUAUUUUCAAGAUUGACCCUCGGGUAACUUAAUUCGUGAUAGAAUGUAAUACCGAAAAGAAUUAAUUGUAGUUUAUCAUUAGGUCAUUGUUGUUUUAUGUUUUCUAUGUGCGAUUCAAAUCGUAAAAUCUUUAUUACUUGUUAAGAUGAACGACGAUUAUCGCUGAAUCUUCAUUUUCCUUAUUAUUUUUUUAAUUUUAUGAAUUUUGUUGAUAAAAUUAGGACAUAACAAACAAAAAUGUAAUGCGAAACGAUCUGACAUUAAUUGCACUUAGAAAGAACGAAUGCUGCAAUUGUUAAGUGCGAAGUUUGUACUCAAGGCAUGCUGCUUGGUGAGAGUUCGUGUGAUCUUGGUGGUACUUCAAGGUUGGCCAGUAAAACGUUAGACUUAGUCGAGCCUGGAGGCCGAUAGAUCUACGAAUAACCUUUCUCUUGCUAAAACAAAUUCAGGGCUUAUGCUCUAGUCCAGCAGUGCGAGUGGGUGAGGAUUUAAAAAUAAACAGAACAAGAGAGAACAUUUGCGUGAAGCAGAGAAACAAAAAUAGAAAAUACAAUUAUGUUACAUGAAACGAUUGCUAAUUAUUAACUAUAUUAAAGAGAAAACAGUGAAAAAUGUGUGUACAGUAAGAACAGAAUGGACUACCUUCCAGUAGAGUGAAUUUUCAGACAAUUUUUUUAAAUAUGCUAGAUCUAACAAAAUAUCUAGUGGUAUGUGUGUGUUGUAGGUGAGUUCAAGAUUGGCGAUAACUUUUUUAUUUUUGUCAAAACACUGUCUAUGUCAUGCUUUCUUUUGUUUUUUGCGUGAUAUGUGCAUAAAUUGUAAAAUUGUGAAUGUGUUUUGUCGUUUUCGUUGCUUCACUGAUAGUUAUUGCAUUUACAUUGACAUUUUUCAACUUUAAUAGCUGGUAAAUUUAAGAUCGCAAAUAAUGAUCAGUGAACAGUGAAAAUGACGAUUAUAGUGAUGCAGAUGUUGAAUUCACUGUUGAUAAAACGAUGGUGAAUGUCGAUAAUAAUUGUAAUGGGCGUGUAACUUCUAUACUAUUAGCAUGACAACUUAUGACUGGUCUGUCUAGUUGAUACCUUAGUGCUUACGUUUCGUCAUUUGAUUUAAACAAGCAAUUCACAGAGCGUAAGGAAUGAGCCGACCUUCGGUCUCAUGAUGUAUAUAAAUAUGUUAUAACAUUUGUCUUCUCGACAAUGAAGCGACCAUUUUCGGUAAUUUUUUUUUCACUGCUUGGCGGUUUCGAGCAGAGUAACAAGUAUAUUAGUGUAUUAAAUUGUUCAUUACUCGAAUAUAGUUGGUUUUCCUAUUUGUGAAAUAUAAUUUUUCUAUUUUGUUCUGCAGCGCAUUCGGUAAUCGAUUUCCUUGUAUCAUUAAGAUCGAGAAAAUCAUUGAGACGAAAAAGGGGAUUUUCUCAUUUUACGAAUAGCUUGACAUAGAGUUAUUUCGUGUUUGUUGACAUUCCCAGUUUCUCUCAUGCAACCGAUUGUACAAUUUUUUACAACCAAACCUUCCGGAAAUUGACCCACGCACAUGUUUAUAAUUAGUUAAUGUUUGAGACCUAAUGCUCGUGACGUGCCGCGUCUUCCGAUUUCUGUUCAAUUGUUUCAUAAUUAUUUAUUUGAUACCAAUUAUUCUUUCAAAUUUUUUAUAGCAUAAAUAAAAAUUCAAAACAACUGUACGUGUCAUUUUGUUCAGUAUUUUUUAUGUUAUUUAUUAAUUUACGUCUAAGUAAAAAGCGCACAGCCAGCAAUCCUUCAGAGAGAUAGAGAGAGAGAGAGAGAGAGAGAGACAGACAGACGGAGAGAGGAAGAUAACACUGAAGCUUCCUCAUGGUCCUCGAUGAAACAAACUCGCUUGAGAAAUUGUGACCAUUCAUAAUUUGUCGUAUUUUAUAUAUGGACACGGGCAAUAUCGAACUCGAGUUGCUCAGCUGGAGUAAAAUAUUGCAAGCCUAAAGAAAAUGAAAGCACAUAAGUACCGUACAGUUUAAGGAAAACCCGAAAGAUACGUGUAUGUUAAGACCAUUAUAAAUUAAUUAUAAAUAUUAUUGGGCAAAAAAGACGUGCAUGAAAAUACGCACUGAGAACAGCAUUGAAGCGAUAAUAUUUUAUAAGAUCCGAACGCGUGUCACGUUUCGAGCAUACUGGACAGAACAAAUAGCGAUAGAACUUUGUACAUAUUAUUAAUGAUAAUAUUAAUAUUAUAUCAAUUGAUAGUUUAAUUAAUUAAGAGUGUUAGUCGACAUAAUGUGGAUUCAUUUUUUACGGUAGGCUCGACGAUCGAUUGACCGAUUUAGGACUUUAUGAUUUUCGAGCUCGGACAUUGUGUAAGCGUCGUAUAAACUUGUAAAGGCAUAUACAAAACAAUAUUGUGCGCUUCCUCUUUUACGGGGGAAGCUGUGAGAAACGCAUAAAAUGCUAAAAAACACGAUGAAACUAUAGCAUAAAGAGGAAUGAGACAUGAGAGAAAGACGCGAACAUCGUUAUUUUUCUCUAAUUACUAAUGAAUUGACAAAUCCAAAUUGAAAAAGCAAAUAAACGACUAAAAAAAUGACAAAAAGUGUUUUUAUACCAAUAAUAGAAAACUAACGACUUAUUCGUUUUAUACUAUUAAUAACACGAAUUUUGUUUCUUCUUUCUCUCUUCUGCUUCCUCUGUGCCUUGUGAGACGUUCAGAUCUAUCUCAUUGCUUUGGCAUAAGUCCAUUAACAAUUUCAUUUUUCCAACAAGCCGAACGACUAGAACUGAUUUCGGCCUCCGAGCUCUUUGGUGCCUCGAUCUUGGUCUUGCUUAGAUAAUUGUUUCACAAUUGCCAGAGAUACUCGUCUUACGAAGUUGAAAAAAGGUCAGGGACAGCGCUGACCAACGCCAGAAAACAAAAAAGUAAACUAUAAUAAUCGAUCACUUCACCUCGUAAUGAUUUUUCGAGAGCUUUAUAUCGUCGAAAGGAACAGUGCCAUUCUCGCGAAGUGACCAACUCGCGCUCGAAUUCCCCAUGAGCUCAGAUACUUUUACAUAGAUAGGUAUAUUGAUCUAAUUCAUAAUUAAACGAAAUUGAAGGUGACCAUAGUUGUUUUCUAAAUUUAAGUUAUGGAAAAAUGAAUCUGGCUCGGGCAAAUCUGACGCGAGUGAGGCCAGUGUUUCUGGAGCUUGUACAUAGUAAUACUUUUGUAACAAUAUCUAAUUGACAUAAACUAUGGAAUGAAAAUAAAAAAUGGAUUAUACGAUAUUGUCGUCGCACGAGCAGAUAAAAAAAAAUUGAUGUAUGAAUAAGUGAAAACGAAAGGGUGUGUGCGAAUGCAAGUGUCAGUCUUUUAUGGUAUACAAAGACGAUUUGGCGCUAGGCAUUUAUGAUCAUUAGGAAAAUUUCCAUGUGAUUGCGCGUCAAUGAUUUUAUUUCAAAAUUUUUAAAAAAUACAAUUCAAAAAUUUGUUUCUCUUAAUUGGAUUCUACACAAAGACAACCGCAUUCGGUCAUUGACGUUUUUGUUAAACUUAUGACAAUUGAUUUGAUUCAAUAAUAAACUCGUUUCUCCUCACAUUUGACUUUAUUGACUCUGAAAUUGUUUCGCCUUUCGUGGAGACUAAUCCGCUGUCAAGAAAUUUCCACCCUCGAAAACCGAAAGCAUAAAGAACGACAACCGAGUCUAUAUCGGAUUCAGGGGACGAUCGAGUUAGUCCUGUAUCGACGCGCAAGAAACUUUUGCGACUGAUAAAAAAAGAAGCACCUAUACUUCAAAGUAUUUAGAUGCUUCAUGCCCCAACGAAGGUUAAAAUAAAUGAUCACAUAUUCUAAUGCUUAUUGCAAUGCCAGUUCUUAAUUAAGGAAACUACUACUUAAAGGGGCAAUAAAAGAGGAAUCGAAGUUAUCCGCAUGCGCUGAUCAAGUCGAAGUGAAAAAUUGAUUGUCCGGAAGCUUUGACUGCUUAACAAAGUUCACUUGGCGAUUGUAUGCGUUUGACUGAUUCUCUGUGUUAUUAAGCCUGGACUAUAGCAACGAGCGAUCUCACCGUUUAUGAUUUAAGUUAUAACAGAACAAGUAAAACAAUGAAGCCGACGAGAAGGAAUAAAUAAAAAAAGUUGAUGAAGCGACUUAGCGAAGUAUAAUUGCUGUAUAGCGCGACGAUGCAGAGCGAUGGAGAACUUAAAAUACGUAAUGCCUUAAUGUUAUGAACGAUAAUAACGAUAGUGUUAUGUAAUUAGUUGAGACGAGAGUGGAAGUUCGAAGUACCAGCGCAAUUUUAUCAUUGUCUCCAUUAUCCUCUGUUUUCGUUCGUGAUUUGAUAUUUUUUAUAUAAUGUAAUAUGAUUCCAAGUGAGAAAGUGUGAAUGCGUACCGAGAACAAACCAGAAAAUAAAAUAAAAAAAUCCACGUGUAAGUGCGGAGCGAGUUGCGCGCGAGAAGUGCGCCAAGUGCAGACUGUGCUGUCUAAAAUAGUUCAGGCUGGAUGUCGAUGUUUGUAGCGAUAAACAAGCAAAACCGUAUUGUAAUUACAAAUUGAGAAACCUGAA